AUGGCUAGAACUAUUCAUUACAAUAUCAAAUGUAACUCACUGGUCAUUCACAAUUAUUCAAGUGAAGAGAAAGACAGAGAUAUAGAAAGGCUGAGAGCUGAAAACAAUUCACUAAAAGAAUUACUCUUACACAGAAAUACUGCGGACGACGCAGCAUCAAUUAGCAGUACAGAUGACAACAAUAGAGCUAGAAAGAAUGAAUGUAACUCGCAGAUAUCCUCACAGCCUUUUGCAAACCGUUUCCCCUCUGACAAAAACAAUUUGAACAACGUCAGCCAAAAUAUAGAUUUUGAUACAGAUAAAACGGAACUGAAACGUACCCCAUCUACCAAUUCAGGGUAUGACCAAGUUGUACCAGUAUAUCUCGACUUUCCCACUCUAGGUAAUUAUCAGAAUAUCCCACAAUGUUUGUGGAAAAAGACACCUAAAGGAAACCAGCAUAAUACCAGUAAAGACAGCUAUAAACAAGAUAGCGCGAGAAUUACCCAGCAAGAUGUAACCACACGUUACGUUAGGAUGCCCAGGACUAACAAUCAACAUCCGGUUCAUGAACAAGCACCUCCUCUUCCAAAACGAAAAUCACCAGCGUACGUAGCUAAGAAAACCCACACAGAGAUAUAUGGGUCCAACUCCGAAGCUACUAUUAACAAUGAAGCUGAUGAUGAAAACGAUACAUAUCAAUCCAUCGGCUAUCUAAAUAGAGACAAAAAAAGCACACCAAAUACUGCAAGAUCAGAUAACCUUGGUAAUCAGUUUUCAAGUUGUCAUAUAACUUAUGAUAAAGUAGUGGACGAAAGAUACCUUAAAAACACAGAUUUAGCAAAUAACUUCGAAAAGGAAGAACACAAGAACGUAAGCGGUCGUAUACUCAAGACACAACUAUUUUUUAUAUAGAUGUCAAAGAUAUGCCCUUUUAUAUGGCGAAUCCCUAUAAUACAAUUUUAUAAACCUUUCACUGAUCUAAACUAGAUAUAUUUAUUUGACAAAGCACCAAAAAUCAAAAUAUGAAAUAUAUUUACAGAACAUAAUAUCUCAAACUGAAUUUAAAAAGCUGUCUGACAAUGACAAAAAUAAAUAGUGCUUUUUAAAAUAUGUCCUCUUACAACUUGAAACGAUCGAUUUCUCGAUGUAUAUAUAUGUAAAUUGUGUUAAAAGUAGGUUCGCCUUACACAACACUUGUUUUGACUGUAUGUGUUUUUUCUAUUUAAAAAUAACAAACAUCGUGUUACAUUCGGUUGUAUACUGCACAUUGCAAGUGCGCAGAAAUUAACAUUGCAGGAGAUCAAUAUAAAAGAAAUUGUAUAUUGCCGGUGAUUGUGGGUACAGGGGGUGUAUUUGCCCUCCUAGAAAAAUGGUUUGCACUUCCAUUUGUGCCUCCACUUCACUUAUAAGAAUUUAAAAAUAUGCAUUUCAUACGUUUUUAUGCACAGAAUCAUGCCAGAAUGCACCAAAUCAAUUAUAUUUUUCAAAUAUUCUCUUGAGGAGAAUCCUCCCAGACACACUAUGGGAGGCUUGCGUCUAUGGUGCUCCCAUAGAACUGCAUUAUUUCGAAUUCGACCUUGACAGCUGCCCCCCCAUUAAAUCAGUUGUACACACACACAAUCCGAGGAUUAAUGUCAUAUUACUACUGAUGUCAUUGUUCACAUUUACCGCAAUGGUGUGAACAGCGGCGGUGCCAGCCUUCCGACUAAGGGUACAAAUAAGGAGCGGACGGACUUAUUUGAUGGACAACUGUCGAAGCUGAAUUCAAUAUUCGGAACCUCUGUAGAGGCGCCAUGGUCGCAAGCCUCUCAUAGCCUCUAAAAGGGUUCUCACAAAAGAAAAUUUUCGAAAAUAAGAAUUAAUUUGGUUAUUUAGUUGAUUUUGACAAUUAUAAAAAUCAUAUGCAACCAUUUUUCUAGGGGGGUGGGGGGGGGGGAUGCCCUCCAGUCCACGCCCCAGGUACCUCCACUAGCACCGCCAGUGGAAGCAUUUGUGAAUGAUGAAUUCAAGAUAUGUUAAAACUCUAGCCAGCUGCUUUGUUAGUGAAUAUGUAUUUUUUCAAUGUGAAUCAUAGAUUUCACAAGAAAUGUUUUAAGAAAAAAUCUGUCCUAUGACUAUAAAUUCCUUUUCAUUGAUUUAAGUAGGUAUUUCUACCAAUGUGGAAAUUGAACUCUGGACCUUCAAGUUAGCGACAAAGACAGUGUCGAACUCAGUGAACCACAAUCGCCUUGUAAAUAGAAGUAAAUAUAUACCAAAUAAUAUGUCGUAGAUAUUUGUUGUCGCAUGUUUUAUUCAUUAUAUAAAAAAUAUUACGUUC